AUGUGCUUUCUAACUGGACCACUCGGGAGAUUCUCAUAUGCCAAUGAUGUAAAGGUUGAGAAGAUUGUCAUCAAUGGUUUUUCCAGAUAUUCCUUCUCAGCCUCUUCUACACCAACCCCACAAGGUCUAUUUGUGCCUGCUAUGGAAGCAUUGAGAACCAUCACUCUGGGUUUGCAUUUGCUUGAGGGAGAGGAUGAAUUCAUGUUUUCUUGUGCUUAUUGCCGUCUUGGAAUUAUGGAGACUAUCUUCAGAUAUGGAAAUCACUGGGCCUUGGUACAGCAAAAGAAAAUCCCGGUACUCAAUAAUCAAGAUAAAAUCCGUUGGUUCCAUAUCUCGAAUACCUUGUUGGAACUCCUGGCUCAUGACCAGGUGAAGCCCAAAAGUAAGAAUAAAAAGCGAGUAGUGAGUAGACAGUGGCAACUUGCUCAAUUUGCAAUCCAUCUUUACCUUCCUAAAGCAGAAGCUGCUCCGCUUCAGUCUUCACCACUAAGACUAACGAAGAAGCUAUUACCUCAGCCUUUAUCCCAUAAAUUGGCUUCUGCAAAAUUUCUCAACCUCGCGUGCAAAAACGAAACCGAUAGUGAACUUAAAAAAUGGGAAUUAAGGUUGUCUAAAAUUCGCAAGGUGCGGACUGAUGCAGAAGAGAAACAAUUAACUAACCAGGCUAUGAAAAUAUGGCGUAACAAGCUCCGAGAUUUGGCUUAUGAUGUCGAGGAUGUCUUGGAAGAGUUUGAAACUGAAGCACGGUAUCGAGGCUGCAGGAGUAGAAUAGGGAAGAUGAUCCCAACUUGA